GGACGUCCAGUGCUUCCAGGUUUCCAACGGUGGUCUAACAUCAGUUGAUUCAUGAUCUCAAUCAAAAACUUAACCUCCACAACCCCUAUACUGAUGAUCAAUUUUGUCAACUAUGCUUUAGUUAAAUACAUCUAUUUCACCAGUUGUAUUAGAAACUGUGUAUAGAAAAUUAAUGAAUUUUCUUCUCUAUUACUAUGCAUAUUUGUGUAGAAAGGAAUAAUACAUAUUGUGAUGAAUAAAUGACGAAUCCCAAACAGGACGAAACGCAUAUCCUGAAUUCCACUAUUAGUCAUCAUCUUUCUCUACUUAAAAUUGUAAUAAAUAGCUUGGGAACUAUUUCUAGUAAAUGAUUUAUAUUUUUUGGUAAAAAUAGUUGUUCCCUAACCGUAUGUUUUUGAAUAUUAUAACCAGAUAAGUUGUAUAAUUUUCAUGUAUUUCAAAUCAUUUUUCAACUUCAUUUGAAAUGAUUGUAUUUCUUUUCACAAGCAUAAUCUGUAAGAUUUGCUAAAUGUUAAAUCGGCGGUAUCCUAAAACAUAACAAUUAAGUGAUAGUAUUAACUGUGAACAGAAAAAAAUUUUGAAUUAGUUUUCCCCCUACAUUUGAACUUUUUAUGUGGUAAAUAUUUACCCAGAAAUAACCUUAUUUUUUAUUCAUAGUUAAUCGUAAAAGUUAAGACAGUUUGUGAGUAAAACUGAACUUCAAAAUACUCCACUCUGAAUAAUUUUCCUGUUUAGUUAUUCUUCAAAAAAGAGCUGUUUAAUAAUUUCUUACUAUUGUGUUGUAAAACAAUCACGUUCUAAGAGAUUGUUUAGUUUACCUUUACCAGAUUUUAUAAAGUGAAAUUCUUUAGUUACUCAAUUAUUUCAAUGAUUUGACCUCGAGGUGAACAUUUCCAACUUCAGUUAGUUAACGAUAUGGCAAAACGGUCGUUCAAUGCAUUUGAUUAAACUCGAACCGCCACGAAUUAUCACUAGUAUAUCAGAAAAGCAACUCGAAAUCAGUCUUUAGUCAACAGACUUUAUAAAAACACCAAAUGUAUAUUAAUUACUGCACUACAAAAAGUUAUCCACAAGCAGGAAACAAAAUAAUUAUUACAGAUAUAUUAUCAAUUUCAGAUUUUGGUUAAUAAUAUUAGAUUCUUAUCCGAGAAAAAUGUACAGACCAUACAACUGCAGAGUAGUACUUUAGACUAACAUUCACAGAACUUUAAAAACAUUUCAACUGGAGUUAAUUUAGGGUAAAACUACAAUGACACGAAUGAACAGAUGGAUGUUAUAUACAUUUCUUUAAUGGGAUAGAGAAUUUUAUCAUUACUUAUUUUCUUUUCCAAAUCUAUUUUCGCCUAUUUUAAACUCCAGAAACGAGAAUCUCUGUUCUAAACUCACCUUUUAUUUUAAUCCAGCUACUUGUUCAACAAAAGAUUACCCUAAAGUACCAUUUUAAUUCCAACAUAAGACUGUCAACGGGAGGUUCAACAAGAACAUCAAAUCACUUUGCUGGUUUGUAAUGACAUGAACAUUAAUGUAGAGAAAGCAAUGUGCAGGAGGAAUUUAUACGUUCAUAGAGAAUUACAAAGUAUUUGCAUAAUACAUAUACAUGGCAUUCAAUCGUUCAUUUGCAUCUUUCGGUGCGUUCCGCCAUCUUAACUCUCUUCUCAUCUGGUCUCCAAGUAUUCUCCCAACACUACUUUUGAUGCACUGAAACCCUUCACUCAAGCAGACAAUUGUUGCAACUUCGACGCCACAUCCCGCUACAGAAUACUCACAAACAAUUUUGUGAGUAGUGUCCGUUACACUAACACAGAGCUUACUAACUGAUGAGAACAAAUUAGAUUGAUGACUAUAAAGUCAAAUAGUUGUCUACUAACAACACCAAUAGCGUAGAACUUGUUCAAGUAUGAUAUUUUGGUAAAUAAGAAGAUGACUUGCUUAUUUCUUCUCACUACGAAUAUUUAUUGAAAAAAGCCACCAAUUCAGGCAUGAAUCUAUCGAUUAUGAAAUUAUAUAUAUUCAUAUUUUAUAUAAUCUGUAGUAUAGAAAAAACCAAACAUGAUAUCAGCUAGUUGCAUUUAUGGAACUUUAAAAGGUGCUAUAAGAGAAUGCUUACAUCACAGUUAUCAUAGACUAUUCUAUACAUUUAAGGUUUUAAAAUUUUACAUGAUAUUAAACCACUAUUUGUUUUAUUUUAUUAGGUCACGUAAAAUAUGGCAGUCUUGGGAAAUAGAGUUGGUGUACUUCCGUGCUUGUGAACCUAAUUUCCAAUUUUUGACUGUAUUUUCAAAAAUUAGUGUAUUUGAAUCAAAUAAUCGUUGCAUAAAUGCCAUGUCAUCGAUACAUACAAGUGCUUGUACUGCACGACUAAGGCAAUUAUGAAGAUGUUUAGUUAAAUACAAGGUUGUUUAUGUAUCAAUUGCAAAAUACUAAUUUUCCGAAGUACACGGUUUACUUUUAAUAGUAAAUAUGGAAAUGUAGAGUAGCGUCACUGUGAGUGCUGAAACUGAGAUAUGUUGAAUUCUACAAAUAUACCAUUUUUAUAUUGAUAAAUUCAUCGGUGGCUCAAUAAUUCUUACUGGAUC